AUGAGGGCAGCCAUGCCCCUGACAGCCCAACAACAGGAGGUGGUGACCUUCGAGGACGUGGCUGUGUACUUUACUAGGACAGAAUGGGCUGGCCUUUCUCCUGUGCAGCGGGCCCUGUACAGAAAUGUGAUGCUGGAGAAUUAUGGGAACUUGACCUCCCUGGGAUACCUAGUUCCCAAAUCUUCUCUGGUCUCACUCCCGGAGGCAGGGGAUUUGUCUCGGAACAUGAAGUCACAGGAUGAUCCACCUGCAGAGAUGACCGAAGACAUUUAUAAAGAUGCUGAGACCAACAUUUACAGUGAGUCCACAGCAACACAGGGAAUCUCUGGAGAAAGAGAUGUGAUGAUAUCUUGUGGGCUGCAAAAGAGUGUUUUUCAGGGAUCUGACUUCCUGGAAACAUGUGACCUGGAGAAGCACCCCACAGUGAAAAAUAUUAGAGAAAAGCUUGAGAGAAUCCCCUAUGCAGGGAAACCUUUCAGAUGUGAGGCGUGUGGGAAAUGCUUCAGCUAUUCCUACUAUGCGAGACACCAGAGAGUUCACACUGGCGAGAAACCAUUUGAGUGUCAUGACUGUGGAAAAGCCUUUAAUGGCACUUCCUCCCUAAUCCGCCAUCAGCGAAUCCAUACCGGAGAAAGACCCUAUCAGUGUGAGGAGUGCGGACGAGCCUUUAAUGAUAAUGCCAAUCGGAUCAGACAUCAGAGGAUCCAUACUGGAGACAGACCCUGUCACUGUAAGGAGUGUGGUAAUAGUUUCACCAGUAGUUCUGAGUUUGUUAUACACCACAGAAUACACACUGGGGAGAAACCCUAUGAGUGUAAUGAGUGUGGAAAAGCUUUUGUUGGCAACUCACCACUAAUUCGGCAUCAGAAAAUUCACACUGGAGAGAAGCCAUAUGAGUGUAAUGAGUGUGGCAAAAGCUUCAGAAGGACUUCCCAUCUUAGCCAACAUCAGCGUAUUCAUGCAGGUGAAAAGCCUUAUUCUUGUAAAGUAUGUGGCCAAGCUUUUAAUUUCCAUACAAAACUUACUUGACAUCAGAGAAUCCAUAGUGAGGAGAAGCCACUUGAGUGUGUAGAUUGUGGAGAAGCCUUCAGUGCUAAGGAACAGUUAAGAAGACAUCUCAGAAUCCAUAUUCAGGGGUCUUCCCUGGUAUGUGAUGAGUGUGGAAAAGACUUCCCCAGCAAAAGAAAUCUUUGUCAGCGUCAGAAAAUUCACAUUGGGGAGAAACCCUGUGAGUGUAGAAAGUAUGAAAAAACGUGUAGGACUUCUUCCCAACUAGGUCAUCAUGAGCAUGUCCUACUAGGAGAGAAGCCCAUGCUAGACAUUUGUCAUUUUGGCCUCCCAGAAUUUUUUACACCCUUUUAUUGGUAA